CUUGCUUUUACCAUUCUAAACAAAAAUGCCUCAUAUCAAUUUUGGAUGAUAUUUAUGAUGCGUAUGGUAAAUACGAAGAACUUGAAAUCUUUACAAAAGCAAUCCAAAGGUGGGAUACCAACUGCAUUGAUCAACUUCCGGACUACAUGAAAUUGUGGUAUAGUGAAACCUUAAAUGUUUAUAAAGAUAUGGAAGAUUUGAUGUCCAAAGAUGGAAAAUCAUAUCGCGUCCAAGUCGCAAUAGAAGCAAUGAAACGACAAUCUCAAGUUUACUAUGUUGAGGCCAAAUGGUUGCAUGAAAAUUACAUACCAACAAUGGAGGAGUAUAUGCCGAUUGCAUUAGUCUCUUGUGGUUAUUGGAAUCUUACGGUGUCAUCUUUUGUUGGCAUGGAAGAUAGCAUAACAAAAGAGACAUUCAAUUGGGCAUUUAAUGACCCUAAGAUUGUCAGAGCUUCAUGCACCAUUUGUAGGCUGAUGAGUGAUAUUGUUGGCCACAAGGUUGAGAGAGAGAGAGGACAUGUGUCCUCAGCAGCGGAGUGUUACAUGAAACAAUAUGGGGUGUCAAUGCAAGAGGCCUACGAUAAGUUAUACAAGCAAAUAAACAAUGCUUGGAAGGAUAUAAAUGAAGAGUUCUUGAAACCAACAGCAGCACCAACAUCGGCUCUUAAUCGAAUUCUACACCUUGCAAGGGUCAUUGAUCUCCUUUACACGGGCGAAGAUGCUUAUACGCAAGUUGGGGAGUCAGCAAAAACUAGCAUCACUGCUUUGCUGAUAGAUUCAAUCCCAAUUUGAUCAAGAAUUUAAGGUUCAAAUGAACAUGAACUCACUUUUGAAAAGUGACAUGCAGAAGGUUAUUCUCUUAUCCUUAAGUUGUCAGCUCAUUUGCAAAAUAAAUAAUUACUUGUCAGUGUGUUGUUUUAUGGUGCUCUUCAAUCUCUUGGCAUGUGCUGGAGUUUUAUAGCUGUCUAGUGUCACUGGGAUUGUGUUUGUGUUUGCGUCCAUUGUCGUUGUGUUUUAGUGUUGGUCAUGUUGCUUUAAAUUCAAGUAGCUCCAGUUGUUUAAGUUUGUAUUAUGUAUUGUCUCCUUUGUAUUAAUAAAACUUAAUGAAGGUUCAUUAUCA